UCGGCAAGCAAGAUGUUCCGUGCGACCCUUGGACCCGGCCCGAGAGGUCUCUGCUACGGAACACGAGAGGCGAAGUGGACCCCCAUCGUUGGUGCCAAGCGCCCGAGUUAGCGAGCGCCUAUUAACUCCGCAGUCAAGUCAGUGGCUGGCGUUGGCUGGUGGUGGUGCUGGUGUCGGUUGGCAGCAACUCGUACAGCGUUCCCGGGGCCCGUCUUUGUCUCACAUCUCAACUCCCUGCAUCAACAGCCCUCGCCAUGCCUGACCCGGUCGCCGUCAGAGUCCUAACCAUGGACGCCGACAUGGAUUUUGAAAUCCAGCCAACCGCCACUGGAAAACAACUUCUAGACCAGGUCGCUCGCACCAUCGGGCUCAAGGAGGUCUGGUAUUUCGGGCUCGCUUACAACAACAAACACGGAGACAAGUGGCUGUCCUUCAACAAGAAGGUGCUGUCGCAGGUGAAGAGCGACGCAAGUGCAGUGGCCACGCUGCGCCUCUGGGUUCGCUUCUACCCGGAGGACGUCGACGAGAUCAUCCAGGACGUGACCCUGAGGUUGCUCUACCUGCAGACGCAUCGCGCCGUGGUCAGCGACGCCCUCCACUGCCCGACGGAGACCUGCGUUCUCCUCGCGUCGUACGCGGCGCAGGCAGCGCACGGGGACCUGAGCGACACCACCGUGUACCAGAGUGACGAGGAGCUCCUGCCCGACAGGGUUGUGCAGCAGUUCAGCCUGAGCCGCGCGCAGUGGGAGGAGAAGGUGACGAGGUGGCACGCGGAGCACGUGGGCAUGAGCAGGCGGCAGGCCAUGGUCGAGUACCUGUCCGUGGCCCAGGAUCUGGAGGCCUAUGGGGUCUCAUUCUUCCCCAUCUCCAACUCGCAGGGCUCCCCCCUCUGGCUCGGAGUCUCCGCCCAGGGGCUGAGCGUCUACGUGGAGCAGGAUCUGCUGACUCCAAAGAUUGACUUCAUCUGGGAGGAGAUUGCAGUUUUGACUACCGAAGAAACUCGGUUCAUCAUCAAAUCCUGCGAUGAAGACUCACCUGACUUUGAGUUCCUGGUCCCGAGCGUGCGGGCCAACCGACGUGUGCUGUCCGCCUGCGCGGGGAACCACGAGCUCUACGCUCGGAGACACGGAGACACCCUCCCCGAGAUCACGCAGCUCCGCAUGGACGAGGGCAGGCCCCACCCCCGUGACCUCCCCCCGCUGCCCCACGGGGACCUCACGGACGGAGAGCGCUGGGGACACGAACAGCAGCAGCAGCACAACGGGCACGGCGACUCGCGCAGGUCCUCGUCGUCGUCAGUGUCGUCGGGGAUCUACGAGGUGCCCGACGAGCUGAAGAAGGUCCAGGACUCGAAGGUCGAGAUGAGGAACUCCCAGCUCAAGGCCGUGGCCGCCUCCCUGGUGGAGUCACGUGAGGGGCAGCAUCAGGGGCAGCAGCCCGCGAGGGAGGAGGAGGCGACGAUGCCUGCGGGGUCUCCGAGGGAGCCGACGCUGCACAGGGCGGCGCGCUUCCACACCCUGCGGCGCAUCCGCAGGGGCACCACCAAGCAGCGCAUCGACGAGUACGAGGCGCUGUGAGCGGUGGGGGUGACAGUGGUGACAGAGGUGGCGGUGGUGUGACGGUGGUGACGAGGUGACGGAGGUGACGGUGGUGUGACGGUGGUGUGACGGUGGUGACGAUGGUGACGGUGGUGACGGUGGUGACGAGGUGACGAGGUGACGGUGGUGUGACGGUGGUGACAGUGGUGGCGGUGUGACGGUGGUGACGGAGGUGACGGUGGUGUGACGGUGGUGACAGAGGUGACGGUGUUGACGAGGUGACGGUGGCGGACGAGGUGACGGCGACAGAUGGAUUAUGAUGUUGACGAUAAGCCACUUAGUUGAGGAGCUAUCGUUUGUGAUGGCCAGGGGGUCGCUUCUGAAAAAGACCUGCAUAGCGGCUCAGUGGGGCCUUGCCUGGUACAAUAAAACAUGAAUCGCAGAAGACAACUGUGAGGUGGACAACGGGGAUGAGUAUGGACGACUGAUGCAAGAUGGACAGUGACGAGAUGGACGACUGGGAGAAGGUGGACAAUGAUUACAACUGGGGCCAGGUGGACAACUGACGAGGUAGAUGAGUCACAAGGCCGGACAGACGGGAUGAGGUGGACACCAGCGAGUGGACCGUGAUGAGGGUGGACAACAGCAGAUAGACAACUGCAGAGGUGGACGACUGUGACGAGGUGGACAAUGAGGUAGCAGACACCUAUGAUAGGGUAGCCUUUUGAUUAUGACGUGGACAAUUAACAGACAGAAAGAGCUAACAAGCGCUUUAUUAUUCACGCUUUCAACCCGAGUUGGAAGAGAUAAAAAUCUAGACAGUUUCUAAUGGCAAUGAUAAAAUACAUUAUCGAGAAAAAGAUUGUAGCAUAAAGUAUCAUUUAGUUUCAAUGCGAGAGCUUUUGAAUAGUUUUAAAGUUGUGGUUGAAUUCUUGAAUCUUUGAGCGCCCGCCCAACACGAUUCUAAAACCGGCGGCGGCCAUUUUCUCCUACUAAACGAUGACGUUGCCCUGGGCAGCGCUGGCCGUCUCGUAGCCGGCCAAUCGCAUCCCUACUGCCGUGCCACUUGAAAACGUUUGAACAAAUCUAACAACGUAGUACCUUUAGACACCUAUUUAGAUAUUCCGCGUACAGGUUUCCCUCGGUUUAUGCUAUUUUGCCUAUAUGCGGCUUACCAAAAUUCGCUGCGUGCAGUUUGAAUUCACUCUACAUGCGGCUGUGCAGUCGUACGUGUGACUACAUUGUGCGUGUACUGUGUGUGCGCUACUCGCCAGGCAGUUGUCUCCUAGAGUGGCUUUGCUUUGUGCGCCCUUUCUUUGGAACACAUCUGCUACUAUUACGACUAUCGCGUAAAAGCGAGGAGAAACCUGUAAUGCAAUUUAUAACAAGCAAAAUGUUUCAUGAAGAUCCCGUUCAUAAUGGCCGUGUAGGACACAGAGCUCGGUAAGCUCUGGGGUUGUGGAUUCAAGCCCUGGUGGGUCUAAGUGUCCCUCUCUGUCACGGGGUUCAUGCACCGCUCUUUGCUCGGCUCACCAGAAUGGCCGUGUCUGGUUCACAAUGGCGAGGUCAGCUUCAAAGUGGCCGUGUCAAAGUCUUACUGGCACUAUUUGGUGUCAGGCUUAUAUAGCCGCCUUGCCAUUGCUGAUUAAUUUUAUAUAUUAGUAUGUUUCUGCCGCUGGUUUACCUUGAUUCGUGUAGCCUCCGCUAGGAU